AUAAUCACACCCGCCUCGAGAACAAUCUUCUUCUUCUUCUUCUUCUUCCAGAUAUCUCGUUCCAGAUUCGCUGUUCGUGAUCGAUUCGACGUGAAGCUUUCUUCCGCCGCACCGCCUCCCCCGUCCGAAUCCAAAACAAGAGGCUUAGUCAUGGCAAGUUCCUCUAGGUCUUCCCCGUCGGUACAUGGAGAGAAGAGAAAAAUAGAAGAAGAAAAACAAGAGCAGAAGUCACAAACAACUAGUGAAGAUGGUGGAAUGGACAAGCUGGAAGAGCUGGUUUUACCAUCUGGGUACCGAUUUUCUCCAACUGAUCCUGAGUUGGUUGUGCACUAUCUCAUCAAGAAGAUUGUAGGCCGGGGACUUCCUGCUAACAUCAUCAAACACAUUAAAGAUCUGUACAAGUAUGAUCCCCUAGAGCUCCCUAUUAGCGAGUUCAAGUAUGGCAAUGAAAAUGAAGCAUAUUUCUAUACGCAUAUACAGCAAAAGGACUCGCAUGGAUCGCAACAAGUACUUGAUACACCAAGCGGUUAUUGGCGAGAAAUUGAUCUCGGGGAUUUUGAGGUUUUCUAUGGGUGGGAAAUCGUUGGGUUGAAGAGAAGUAUGGCCUUCUAUGAAGGAGAAUUUCCAAACGGGAAACGAGCAGAUUGGGUAAUCGAUGAGUAUAGUGUUAAUCCCAGGCUAAUUCCAAUUGAGAAGACGAAGGGGUGUGUCGUAUGCAGGAUUAGACAUGGAGGCAGUUCUAACAAGAACGAAUGGGGCUCACCAUUGGAGUCGGAUUCAGAUGAUGAAGUUCAGUCUCGAGAGAGAAAUUCUAAUCUCACAAGUAAUAGCAUUGAUAAUGAAAUUCUCUCAGAAAUAGAAGAUCAUUCCGAUGCUGACAGAAGAUAGAAUUGCAGAAUCACUAGUAUGAUUAUCGAGCUCUAUCUUUCUUGCAUUGUUGAGUAAUACCUUAGAUUGUUUUUCUUUUUUUUUUUUUUUUUUUGGUGUUUUCAUGUACUCCUUUAUAGCAGGCUAUGUGACAUAUAUGUACAUGGCAUUCCUCCCUUGGAUGCAUGAGAAGUUCUUUCAUAUCCUCAAAAAUGGGAAGUCCUCUUGUCCAGUUUUUUGGGAUUCUCUGUUUAGUCAUAAAAUGUUUGUAUAUAAGACCAAAUUAAUAAGUUAAUAGAU